AUUAUGUUCCGAUCCAAUGAGAUUUGAGCAGAUUAGGUUCAUAUAGAGGCUGGGAUUAACCUCCACCCGUACGAUAAUCCGCGUCAGCAUAUUUCUUUCACGCGUAGCAACACAAUAGAGUUGUUUCUUAAUUCGUUUCGAGGAUUUCUGUUUGUUUUACCGCGUUCUUCUUGAACUUAGGCACCUUGCAGCUCCCUGUCCGGUCUGCCACGACACUGUCAGAUUCCUGGGCUGGACCGCCUUUGAUAAGCAUCCUAUGGUAUUUUGUUCAAGAUGGCGGUGGCGAGCAUGGAAAAGGACGCGAUAAAUACCGAAGAUGAUCUUCACCUUAAUAACUCAUUCGGAGAUGCUGGGCUUAUCUCUCCUGAUAAAGAAGACAUCUCUCGUAUUCUGACAGUUCCUUUUAGUGGACGGAUCAGAGGUGGGAUGAGGCCUGGGAAGAAAAUUAUUAUAAUGGGCAUCAUUGAUCCAGAGCCAGACAGCUUUGACAUCAGUUUGACCUGUGGCCACAGUGAGGAGAAGAACGAUGAUGAAGAGCUCACUGAUGUGGCCCUUAAACUCAGCGCAAGAUUCACUGAAAGGCAGUUUCUGAGGAAUGCACGGGUUUCUGGGAAAUGGAGUGAGGAAGAGGCACCCAUAUCUUACUUCCCCUUCAUCCCGGACCAGCCUUUUAGGAUUGAGAUCCAUUGUGAGCACCAGCGUUUUAGGAUCUUUGUGGAUGGACACCAGCUGUUUGACUUUUAUCACAAAGUAAAGUCUUUGCCAGCCAUUAAUAUGAUCCGGAUAGUUGGGAGUCUUCAGAUCACCAAGCUGGGCUAACCAAGCACACCUGAGCACGCGCCAGAAAGGACUUCUCACAGGUGACCAUCUGCACCUGUGCGUUUGCCGCAGCUCACACAAAGACAUCAACAACAUCUGCAUUUCCACUUCUCUUUUGCCCUCUAUCCUCACAUUGUAAUGAUUUCUGAGUAUUGUAUCAUAACAGGUUUGAUGAAUGGUUGCAAUAUCAGAUGUGUGUUUUCCAGUAUCUUUGCUUCACAUUGUAGCUUAGCCUAUUUGUUUAGCUUCAAUACUUUUUCAGGGAUCGCACACAUUGAUAUGCACUCUGUGGCAGUAACAUACAAUAUGCCACUGGGAUUUAGCUGCUCUUCAUAGACACUGCCAGUGUGCUUGUUCUUGUGCUCUAGCAGUGUAGGUUCAAAAUGAUCCAAAACUCAGGAAAUCAAAAAAAAAUGGUGAUUUUACUUCUUCACUCUGAUGAGAAAUUUGCUUUGAAUUAUGAUGAGUUACUCUGAAAUGCUUAGGCUGCUAGAAUAUAGGAGCUCAGAUUCCGCAUUUUGCUGUUCCGUCUGGGUUUGAUUUGUGUUAUUUAAUCUGAAUAAUUAAAAUAUCGUGGAAGGAAGAUGUUAUUUUAUCUCCAAAUCGUGUAGCGGGGUUGUAUGGUAGACGUUUAAAUAGAAUACCUUUCCUGUCUCUGUUCUUUGCAACUACACAUUUUGGGUGAUAAAGAAUGUGUUCCACAGAAAUUCUUUAGAAUGUAACCAUAAGGGUCAUUUAAUUUUGAGGUAGAGGAAGUUUUUAAUUUUUGGAAAUUCGAUCAUCCAGUAAUCUUCUUCCAAGCCAGUACAGUAUUUAAUUACAACAGUGUAAUGUUAAAUCCAGAAUGACUUCAGUGCAGCAAUUUAGCAAAAUAUAACUCCGCUUAUAUCUGUUUACGCUUUAUUAUUAGCACCUCGUAAAAGGAGCAGGUAUAACAGGGCUGAAUUGUUUCUUGAAUGUACUGUCAUCCACUGAUAGGCUUCGUAAUAGCUUCGCUGUGGGUGUAAAGUGAGCAUCUUUUAAAAAAAAAAAAUCUAUUAUUCUUUCCUCCUCCUUCAUACUCCUUAUGUCACUCCUCUUAAUAUAUAAACACAUAGUCAGUGGUCAGCAUGUUUCUGUAUUCAGCAGUGAUUUUGCUGAGAUCCUCUGCCCCGUACUCCCACAAUGCUGUCCACUCUUCUGCUCUUGCAGGAUUGGAUAUCCUAUCCAAAAAUGCUUCUUGAUUUGCAUUAAUCAUACACAUGUUCACUACCAUUCAAAAGUUUAGGGUCGGUUAGAAUUUUUGAAAGGAAUGUUUUCAAAAGGCAUCUCUCAUCAGUACUGCGUUUAUUUGAUGGGAACUGCACUAAAAACUUUUUUUUAAAUAUAUAUAUUUUUUUUUUAUAUUUAAAAAAAAAAACAUUUUAUUUUAAAAUGUAGUUUAUUCCUAUGAUGGCAACGAUGAGUUUUCACUCCAGUCUUCAGUGUCAUGAUCCUUCAGAAAUAAUUCUAAUAUGCUAAUUUGAUGCUCAAGAAACAUUUAAUUGUAUUAAAACUAACUAACUUUAUUGUGAAAACUAAGUGGUAUUAAUUUCUUAAAAAAACAAACUAAAAAAACCUUCCUGACCCUAAAUGCUGAAUGGUGUUGAAUGUAGUGUGGAUGAAUGUGCCCUGCUCUGUAGUGAAAGAGUCAGCAAUGCUCCUUAUUAGUCAGUAUUACUUUAUAUUCAGUAUUAUGGUCACUAUUGUAAUAUUUUUAAAAUUAUACUUCUAGUCAGUCUUUGUCCUGGAAUACAUGGACACGGAGGCAGUGACGGAUGAAGUUUAAGGACUAAUGUUUUGUCUUCUUUACUGAUCCAUCUAUGUGACUAAAUUUCAUGUGAUGAAAUAAUUCUAUUAUAUGCCAGAGAGUACUUAACACCAGCCAAAGACAUUUGCCCACAUCAGCGUCUGGUCAACAUUGAAAUCAGAAUAUUUAUUAAAGUGCAAUAUUAAAGAUCCUUAAUCUGCUGAGAAGGUACUCCUGACCGAAAGCUCCAGCUAAAUGAAGUAUUGUACAUUUAAUGUGAAGUAGGUCAUUUUUAUACUUUUAUGUCUGAUUUUCUCUGCAGUUGUUUGUGCCUCAAAACUCGUGCAGAGAUGGUUUAAUCGAGACUGAGAAUCGGUACUGCAGCACAAGUAAAAUGCUUCAUGACCACACACCCAUCUGACAUGUUGUGGCAAACAUACUUUGAUAUGACAUGCUUAGCAAAUGAAACCUGGUCAUCUAGACCAAUAUUAUCCACUGAACAGUAUUGCUAUUUAACUGCUAAAUCUGUAGUGAGUUGUGAGCUUCCUUCUGUGUGGUGAUGUUUUAACAAUUAUACGGUGACUAUUCUUUAUUUUGUCUCUGAACAAUGAGUGUGUGUGAAAAUACACCUGGAUAACUGAAACAUGGGGAGGGAGAAUAUGUAUUUACAAAAAUAACCGGUGAGAAUGAACACACAAGGAGAGAAUGCCAAUAGUGUUGACUGUGCUUUAAGAAACCUUAGUAUGCUAAUAGAUUUUGUGAAUGUAUUUGGCAGACGCUGUUAUCCAAAGUGACUUACAGUUCAUUGAAGUUGCAUUUCUCCCUAUGAUCCUGCUAGUAUUCUCAAUUACUGAUACCAGUUCUAAUGCUUCCAUCUUUAUUGCUCUUUCUUGUCUUGUAUCUCAGAAGUUACAGUCUUUCAAACUGGUUCACAUAUAUGAGGGUAGAAAAUGAAUGUCCUUGUUGUAAACCAUUGUUCUGAAGCCUUCGAACUUUGGAUGUAGAUAAACUAAAGCGGGCCUCUCUAUGCUUCAUUUAUUUAUAUAUAUACUUUUUUUUUUUUUUUGCUACUGCAAUCAUGUCUUGACAUUAAAGAGAGUGUUUGUAUGGUGGUGUAUGUGAUAUUUAGUCUGAGUUUUCACUGUUUUCCAGUUCGUCAACAUUUUAGUUGAUUUCUUUAGAUUUUUCCUCUUUUGGAUUUUCAGAGCUUUGCUUUUAGAGCUUAAUAUUUCAGUUCUUUUAUUUAAAGAUAAUAUUUCAGAUGUGUUUAUGCAUUACUAAAGUGGCCCAUUGCUUAGAGUUAGUUUGUGAUGUUGGAUGUAGGUGCACAAUUAUUUUCAUGAAUUAAAACCUGAGUUGGUUCUGUGUGCUUUUUUGAAACUUGGUAAUGGUAUUCAUCUCAAAUCUGCCAGAAAUAUGGCAUUGUUGUUUGGGAUCUAAAAUGGUAUUCUUACUAAUGAUUUACACUAACAGAUUUAAUUUUGAGUUGCACUUUUCAAAGUUAUCUUUUUUUUUUUUUUUUUUUUUUUGGUAAUGCACUUAAUGUGCGAUUGAAGCAGGUGCUGCUAUAUAAACUAAUAAAAAACAAGCAGUAAAUUCAUAAUUUGCCAAGGUAUGAAAUAUUGUCAUCCAGCAUCCCCUGUAAAAUACUUCAAUGUGUAUGGUACAACUAAAGAGUAGCAUUUGGGUGAAAAAAAGUAUGUGAGAAUAAAAUUGUGCAUUACAAAUCCCUAAAA